AUGUUCAAAUCACAAUGGGAUUACACCGCUCGUUCGAUAUUGUUAUCAUUUUCUGUUCAUAUCUAUCUAUCUAUCUAUCUAUCUAUCUAUCUAUCUAUCUAUCUAUCUAUCUAUCUAUGUCUUCCAUCGAUCGAUCAACUCUUUGAAUCCAUCAAUCAAAUAUGCACUCUUGAAACCGCGGUUCCAUUUCCAGGAAAAUUCUGCCACUAUCUGUUAGCACUGGUAGCAUCCGAUUCAACUCAAAUAGCAUCUAUUAUCGCUCCGUCUGAUUCGCCAUUCAUCACUCAAACAUCUAAGCCUCCUUCGUCUCAACCUCUUCACCUCUACCCACCUACCCAUUCUUUAAAAACACCCCUGCCCCAAUCUAUCUAUCUAUCUAUCUAUCUAUCUAUCCUAGUCUGUUCAUAUCUAUCUAUCCUAGUCUGUUCAUAUUCUAUCUAUCUAUCUAUCUAUCUAUCUAUCUAUCUAUCUAUCUAUCUAUCUAUCUAUCCUAGUCUAAAUAUCAUAUCUAUCUAUCCUAGUCUGUUCAUAUAUCUAUCUAUCUAUCUAUCUAUCUAUCUAUCUAUCUAUCUAUCUAUCUAUCUAUCUAUCUAUCCUAGACUUUUCACAUCUAUCUAUUUCAGUCUUUUCAUAUCUAUCUAUCUAUCUAUCUAUCUAUCUAUCUAUCUAUCUAUCUAUCUAUCUAUCUAUCACAGUCUGUUCAUAUUCAUCUAUCUAUCUAUCUAUCUAUCUAUCUAUCUAUCUAUCUAUCUAUCUAUCAAAUCUCAGCUGUUCGUAUCUAUCUCAGUUUUUUUAUGUCUGUCUAUCUAUCUCAUUUGUUUGUAUCUCUCUCUAUCUAAUUCAGUUUUCAUAUCUAUCUAUCUAUCUAUCUAUCUAUCUAUCUAUCUAUCUAUCUAUCUAUCUUUUAGUGUUUUCAUUCUCACAAUCAAAGCAUAUUGUAUUGGAUUCAAAUGCCUUUUUGGAAUCUUCACUCCUUCAUUUUUGCUUGAGGCCAACUUCACUCUUUUUCCUGUUCAGAUUUUACCUUUUAGUCAACGAUCUCUGUUCAUAUCUAUCUUUCUAUCUCUUUCUCUUCAUAUCUAUUUAUCUAUCUAUCUAUCUAUCUAUCUAUCUAUCUAUCUAUCUAUCUAUCUAUCUAUCUUAGCUGUUCAUAUCUAUCUAUCUAAGCUGUUCAUAUUUAUCUAUCUAUCUAUCUAUCUAUCUAUCUAUCUUAGCUGUUCAUAUCUAUCUAUCUAUCUAUCUAUCUAUCUAUCUAUCUAUCUAUCUAUCUAUCUCGUUCAGCUAUCUAUUUAUCUAUCUUUCUUAGUCUGUUCACAUCUAUCUAUCUAUCUAUCUAUCUAUCUAUCUAUCUAUCUAUCUAUCUAUCUAUCUAUCUAUCUAUACUAG